CCCGCCACUUCUCCCUUUCUCUCUCCACUCUUCGCAGCCUCAUCCUCACCCACCCGACAUCCGACCCCUUCUCCUCUCUCCUAUCCUCCGCCUCGUCCGGCCGAUGCAACUUCCACUCCGCCGUGUUCUCCCUCCUCGUCACGACGUACCUCCAUCUUGGCUUCCUCCGCCAAGCUCUCGAUGCCUUCUACCGCUCCGUCAAUGCUGGGUUCCCUCCCGAUGCGGUCACCUCCAAUUCCCUUAUAAAUUCUCUUGCAAAAGCUGGCGAAUUUGAUGGCUGCUGGGAGGUUUACACGGCAAUGAGGAACGCUGGAGUUGUGCCUAAUCUCUACACUUUUAACAUAAUGAUUAACGCGCUGUGCAGAGCUGAUGAUGCCGUGAGGGCGAGGGAGUUCUUGGAGGAGAUGGGAAUGAAUGGCUUCGAUCCUGAUGUCGUCACUUAUAACACGCUGAUUAAUGGGUAUUGCAGGAAAGGGAGAUUAGAAGAAGCGCUGGGAUUAUAUAAACUGAUGUAUCGAAGAGGAAUCGAGCCGGAUUUGGUGACUUACACUGUUCUGAUGAAGUCGCUCUGCAAGGAGAGGAGAGUUCCCGAAGCACACCAGCUGUUCGACAGAAUGCGUCAUACAGGUCUGAGCCCGGAUGAGAUGUGCUUUGGAGUUAUGGUUUUUGGUUACUCCAGAGAAGGAAAGAUGCGGGAAGCGUGGAUAUUGGUUCAGGCCAUGAUUAGUUGCGGCUACCUUCCAAAUAAUUUUCUCUGCACGGAGGUGGUGAAAGGUUAUGUAAAUGUUGGAAAGCUGCUUCCUUGUUUGAACAUUCUCGCUCAAUUUCGAAAGAUUGGAGCCGCAGUUUCGUUUGAUGCCUAUAAGCAUCUUGUUGCUGCUCUGUGCCAUGAAAGGAGGCCAAAUGCUGCAAGGAAUCUUUUGAAAUGGAUGGUUGAAGAUGGGUUCAAACCCAAUGUAGACAUAUAUAAUCUGAUCAUUCAGUCCUUUUGUGAUUUAGGGUCUAGGGCGGAUGCCUUUAGCCUCAAGGACGAGAUGGUUGAGAUAGAUAUUGAAUCUAAUCAGUAUACAUACACCAUACUCAUUAGUUUUCUUUGCAAAAUAGGCGAGCUAGCGGUGGCUGAAUGUUUGAUUGAAGAAAUGGCAGGUUGUGGACAUGUUCUAGAUUCUGUAACUUGUGCCGCUUUGGUUAGUGGAUACUGCAGCAGAGGAGAGGUGAGCAAGGCUGAAGACCUUGUAAAGUACUAUGUGUUGGAGUUUGGGCUCCAUGAAAACGCCGUCUUUAAUGAUCUAAUCAAAGUUUAUGCUGACGAAGGGGAUAUGGAGAAGGCAUUUGAGUUGAAGAAUAGGAUGAUGAAACUGGGUUUUGUUCCAAAUCCCGAAACGUGCAAGUUAUUGGUUAAUGGACUGUUGAGAAAUGUAUCUAGUUUAGAUGUGUAGCAGUCAGGACUCUUAGCGGAAAUCUCAUACAUUGGGGUAGAGAAGAUAAUGGGUGGGAAGACUUCUUAGUUGAUCAACCUCGGGAUGUUUAUAUUGAAAGGGAGAGGCUCAACAGAGAAAGAUUCAGGGAGGGAAGAAAAGAAGCAGGAGAAACAGGAAAUUUAUGGUGUAGAGAUCUGUAUUCAGAGGAAAGGAAGCACCAGCUGUGGAAAUAAUGGGGCUGACAGUCCAUAUUUCUAUGAAAUGAGAAAAUAGAAGAAACAACUAUCCAUCUUCCCUAAAGUAAUACUUUCUAUAUUUAUACUGAGGUCACAGCCUCGGCACUAUUAUUCUUUGCAUAAAAAAAAUAGUAGCAGGGAUAGUCAGAAAUGAUAACAGGUGGCAACAGUUUUUAGUGUUUGAGUUGGUAUCUGGUGGAUGAUAAGUGUUGGGAAAGAUGUGGAAACUGAUUCGAGCAAUCUGAAGUAAAAUUUUGAUGAGAAUCAAACAAAAUAAGAGAACCACAGAAAAAAAUAAAGUACACAAGAUUUAAUGUGAAAAAGCCAAGAAAUCCAAGAACGGUAAAUAACUACUUAGCCACACCACGCCAAGAAAUUUAUUAUGAAGAAAAUUAGAAGAAUUGUACAAAUUACACCAAACUCAUGUCUCUCAAUACUUUGAAACACUUCAGGACACUCCUCUCCCUUGCACAAGAGAAAAUUUGAAAUCCAACUCUUCAGCGAGCACCAUUCUCAUAGGGAAGCUGAGAUUUUAAGUAAAAACUUCUUGCAUUCUGUUACUAGCAUAGGGGCGCCGUGAUAGUGGUGUUGUGGUGCUCCCCUUCAGACGCUGCAUUGUCAUGCUGUUGAGUUCUGAGUCUGGACUGGGCGCUGUGGUGCUGCUUGUCUCUGAGCAGGGGCUUUGCAUAUAGGCGUUAUGGUGCUUCCCUCCAGGAGCUGGAGUGUCUUGCAUAAAGAAACUCAUUGUGAAGCAUGGCAAGCAAAAAUUGAGGGCUCUAAGUGAAUAAUUGAUUGAUACAAUCAGGCUCCAUAUAAUAACUAUAAGUGCAUAGAUAAGAAUGUUGGGGAAAUAUGGAGAUUGAGUGGAAGUGAAAGUAUAUAAGAGUAAUCAUUUAUUUUCUAAUUAUUUGGGAAGGGUUCUAAUUUUUGUUGUUGUAAUUUAGAUGACGUGCCCAAACGUGAGCUUACAAGAGCCAUAAUGAGUUCCCG